AUGCCGGGCUUCAUUUUAAUUCCACGGGGCACUUUUGCGUUUUUUCUGUUUGCCCUUUUCAGUUUCUCCAAUGCAUCUACAGACAUCCCGAUAGCUCGCCAUUAUCGUGCGUUUGGUCCAUUACCGUAUACCUCAUCAGAACGUGGACUCGAGCCUUUGAAGGUUCUUCCUUUUUAUUCCACUGUACUAGACACACUUCUUUCUCUCAAAACCUUUCCUUCUGAGUCCGCCGUUGGAGGUAAAGCUUCUUGGAGGGAUUGUCCGUAUAACAAGUCAGCCAAAGGCGUUAUCACUGCCCCAUUUCCGGACGCCGACCGCCAUCUUCCGUACAAUGCCUGGGCAGUUGCCAACUUCAGCAUUCAAAAGUAUAUCGGUCGCCCGCAUCUUGUGCAAUGUUCGAAUCCCGCGACCAUCAAGCUGCGCCAAGCCUUCCCGAGCUUUGAGUCUAGGGUAAAUCUGAGCUCUCCGUCCUCAGAGAUCUCAUGCCCAGGCGAUGUGUAUGAAGAUGGCAGGUCAAUAUGCUCGGCUCGUCUGUGGCCGGGCUCAUAUCAGAUCCUUGUGCAACUUUCCUCUUUCAGCAACUCGUCUUCGUUUUAUUGUAACUUUUUCACCGAUCCUGCCGGUUUAUCGUCAAACCUGCUCUUAACGAUUGAUGAUAUUGUGACUCCUCAUGUUGUUUUGAAAAUGAGGAAUGAUAGGGCUGUUGCAACCUUGGCUGGGGCCCACUGCUCCUUCACGUUGAUGAAUACUCAUGAUCAGGAGUGGGCAACAGGAGGCUCGGCAGAAUUAAGGGAUGCUCCGGAUGGAUUAAAACUCAGGCCCCAGAGUCAAUCAGAUUCCCAUUUCCCGCUUCCUCGCAUUGCCCCACGACAAGUGCACCAACUUAGAAUCGACUUUUUCACGGAGCCGGAUUUUCUCAACCAAACAGCAGCUGACGGACGUUUGCCCGAAUCUUUGAACAUCACGAUUGCCGUGUCGUAUCAGAUCGCUGACGCUCAACAUGAGUCUUUGAUUGAACUCUCUUUCGAUGUCGCCGUGUGGAGCGAAUUGACGAGCUACCACUUUACCUACAUUGAUGUCGAUGGUUCAGUACAGGCGGCAGCUGUCUUGCCUCCUCGACAAAACUGUGUGGGCGCUCCCGCUGGAGACGAUAAGUGCAGCGUGCUCCUAUCUACGCAUGGUGCAGGAGUGGAUGCGGUAGGUCGAGCUUGGACAGAAUCAUAUCAGGUGCAAAAUCAAAGCUGGGUUCUACUGCCCACUGGUAGACGAAAGUUCGGAAUGAACUGGGAGGGACCACAACUGAACAGCGCAAUCACUGCUUUGAGAAAGUUCGCUGAGGACCUGCCAGGAGUGCCGACUGACGAGAAAGACUUAUGGAAGGUUCGAGGAGACCGCUGGUUGCAGGCUGGCCAUAGCAUGGGCGGGCAUGGGGCUCUAUUACUGAGUACUCACUACCCCGACAUGCUCGUUGCAGCUCUUCCGGCAAUGGGAUGGUUGCGUUUAAGCACCUCUGGUGAAGCUGCUUACAAAGAGCAGCUGCCCUAUUCAGACGCUGCAAGUCGAGCUUUGCUUUCUUUGGCCUCUUCAGAAUACAGCGCCGAUCUCUAUGCUGAGAACCUUCUGGGAAUACCGUUUCUCGCCCGUGUUGGAUCUGACGAUGACAACGUUCCCCGUAGGUUUUCGUUUCGGCGACAAGUUGGUCGAACAUUGAGCAUACGAAUAGCUUCUUACUAA